AUGACUCCUUGUAAGAUUUUCUCAUUCUUUAUCCUUCUUCUUAUCUUCCUAAAUUUUGCAACAAUUGAGGCUCAAGAUGACCCAUUUUAUCUGUACCAAUAUUGCUCUAGCAACAGAACCACAGCCAAUUCUUCAUUCCAAUUAAACCUCAAGACCCUUCUUUCUUCCCUAUCAUCUAAUGCUACAGGUGACACCCAAUUCUACAACACCACAUUCACUGGUGAAAACCCCUAUGAUUCAAUCUAUGGCAUGUUCAUGUGUAGGGGUGACAUACCCUCUCAGCUUUGUCAACAAUGUGUGGUAAAUGCAUCCCAAAGACUAUCCUCAGAAUGCUCCUUGUCCAAAGAAGCUGUGUUUUGGUAUGAUGAGUGCAUGGUUUGGUAUUCCACAACCUCUUUCUUUUCCACUGUGGCCACUACUCCUAGCUUUUCCUUGUUGAACCCUGCCAAUGUCUCAAACCCACAAAGCUUCAUGCAUUUAUUAUAUUUUACUAUGAAUCAAACUGCAAAUGAAGCAUCUGAUUCUCCCAUUGGUGACAAAAAGUUUGCCACAAAAGAAGCAAACGUGUCUAGAUUUCAAACCCUUUAUUGUCUUGCUCAAUGUACUCCAGAUUUAUCACCUAGUGAAUGUAAAACAUGUCUCAAUGGAGUGAUAGAGGAACUUCCAUCAUGUUGUGAAGGAAGGAUAGGAGGCAGAGUUCUAUACCCUAGUUGUAAUGUUAGGUAUGAAUUGUACCCUUUUUAUCUCUCAACCCAAUCAUCACCAAAGCUAGCUCUUGCAACAAAACCUUCCCAUGCAGAUUCAAAAUUCUCAGAUGACCCUUUGUAUCUUUCUCACAAUUGCUCAAGAAACAAAGCCUUCACUGUCAAUAAUAGCACUUUCCAAAUGCUCCUCCCCACUCUUCUCUCUUACCUGUCUUCCAAUGCAACCAAAAGUGGCAAGAAUUUUCAUAAGGCUGAUGUGGCUGACACAGUGUUUGGCCUCUACAUGUGUAGGGGUGACCUUUCCUCUCAACUUUGUGCACAAUGUAUUCAGAAUGCUACCCAAAGAAUAACUUUAGAGUGUAGCUCUUCCCAAGAGGCUAUAAUUUGGUACAGUCACUGCUUGCUUCGCUUUUCAUAUUGGAAUUUCUUCUCCAAAGUGGAGAAAAGUCCUAUAUUUUCGGAGUUAAAUGUAACCAAUGACUCCAACCCCAACCAGGAGGAGCAAAGCUUCUUCACUUAUGUAAUAUCCAAUACAUUAUCAAAAGUGGCAAUUGAGGCAGGGGAUAGUGAUAAAAGAUAUGGCACAAAAUCAUUAAAACUUAAUGAAUUGCAAACCCUUUAUACUCUUGCUCAAUGUACCCAAGAUUCGUCAGAUGAUGACUGCAACAGUUGUUUGGGAUAUUUGAUGGGAACAUCAAUUCCAUGGUCUAAUUUGGGAAGUGUUGGUGGAAGAGUUCUAUAUCCGAGUUGCAAUCUCAGGUUUGAAUUGGACCAAUUUUACAAGGAUGUUGAUGAAGCUAUCAUGCCAAGUAGUCCUCCUUCAUCAGGAAAAGGAAAUAGCAAGUCACGAACAAUUAUCUUGAUAAUUGUUGUGUCCAUGGUCAUUCUGGCGAUACUUUUCUCUAUUGGCUAUUAUUUGCUAAAGAGAAAAAUAAGAAAGAGUUUUAAAACUAUUCUCAGAGAAAAUUUCGGUCAUGAAAGUGCUACCUUAGAGCCACUGCAAUUUGAUUUGACUACAAUUGAAGCAGCAACAAAUAAUUUUUCAGAUGAGAAUUACGUAGGGAAAGGUGGAUUUGGAAAAGUUUACAAGGGUAUUCUUCUUGAUGGACGAGACAUAGCAGUGAAAAGACUCUCAAGAACUUCUAAGCAAGGUGUAAUUGAGUUCAAAAAUGAAACUUUAUUGAUUGCUAAGCUUCAACACAGAAAUUUAGUCGCCCUCAUUGGUUUUUGCCUAGAUGAACAAGAAAAAAUACUUAUCUAUGAGUAUGUGCCGAACAAGAGCCUUGAUUACUUCUUAUUUGAUUCUCAACGACAAAAGAUAUUAAGUUGGUUUGAGCGUUACAAAAUUAUAAGAGGAAUUGCUCAAGGAAUUCUUUAUUUACAUGAAUAUUCUCGACUCAAAGUUAUACAUCGUGAUCUAAAACCUAGUAACAUUUUAUUAGAUGAAAAUAUGACUCCAAAAAUCUCAGACUUUGGUCUUGCUAGAAUUGUUGAAAUAAAUCAAGAUCGAGGAAGUACAAACAGAAUUGUUGGAACAUUAGGUUAUAUGUCUCCAGAAUAUGCAAUGCUUGGACAAUUCUCAGAAAAAUCAGAUGUUUUUAGUUUUGGAGUCAUGAUUUUAGAAAUUAUCACAGGAAGAAAGAAUGUCAAUUCUUAUGAAUUACAACGCAUUGGGGAUACGCUCUUAAGUUAUGUUUGGAGAGAAUGGACACAUCAAUCACCAGUAAGCAUAUUGGACCCACAUAUCGAAAGAAGCUUUUCUGAAAUUGAAGUUAUCAAGUGCAUUCAAAUUGGUUUAUUAUGUGUUCAACAACAUCCAAAUGUUAGACCAACAAUAACAACAAUUGUUUCGUAUCUCAACAAUUACUCAAUUGAAUUGCCAACGCCAGAGGAACCUGCAUUUUCCUUACAAGAAAAAAUGAAUUCAACAACUAUUACACAAGAAUCAAGUUCUAGUCAAUCUAUCAAUAGUUCUAAAACAUUGUCCAUCAAUGAGAUGUCUCUUAGUGAAUUUCUUCCACGGUAA